AUAUACUGUAUAAUCUGUGGGAUUCAGAUUUAUAUAAAAUAUAUCCGUAAUAUAUAUUUUAAAAUAAAACAAAACACACCAAGCACCACCAUGCCUAGCAGAAGUCACAUCAUUUUGGCCAGCUCUUUGCUGUUGCUGCUCACGUUGCCAGCCAUUAAGGCCGAUCUCAUGUGCUAUGUUUGUGAUGACUGUGCUAUGCUGCAAAAGGACACACCCCUCUUGGCCUGCAAUGAGGACUUUUUCAAUCAGGGCGGCAGCACUGAAGCCUCCACAGUGACCACCACAACCACAACGGAGGCGAGCACCACAACGACAGAGGAGAGUACGACUGUGGAGAGUACGACCACGAUUGACGCUCAGAGCACUACAGUAGAGACCAGUCCACCCCCACAACCAACAACCACCACCACAGUGGAGACCACAACCACGGAACUAAUCACAGAGAGCACUGCCAGCACAGAGGCGCCUAUACCGACGCCACCGACUGCUGGACCCGUUGAGACCACCACUGGCUGGCCAACACCGCCCGCCGAGGAUCUGUUGGCGCUGGCAGCCAGGAACACCACACGUCUGGUGGCUGUGGAGACCGAGAGCACCACACCAUCGUUGGCCAUUCGGCAGCGACGAUCGAUGGUCGAUACGGACUACACUUUCCACUGCUACUCCGUGCAGGCGAAAGUCAAUGGUACCACGGUCACGGAACGUGGUUGCUCCCGCGUCGGCACUUAUGAGGCCGUUUGCGAUCAGCUUAAGCAACAGAACAACGGCACGGAGCUGUCCAACUGCGAUCCCUGCAGCAUGAAUGCCUGCAACGGCAGCUCCACGCUUCAGGCAUCGAUCCUGGGAUCGCUACUGCUGGCCAUUGUAGCGGCUGCUCUGCAUCGCAACUAGAGAUCAAGUCAUCAUCAUCAUCCUCACCCGGUGCUAAAAUUUAGUAUUUCUCGUUUCUUUAAGACAACACAAAACACACACCAACAAAAGACACACUCAUAAGACAGCACUCAUCGUUAAGUGAUUCGAAAUUUUAUAUAAUUUUUAAGAGACACACAAUACACAACCAACACACACACACAAUACACAACCAACACACCCAACACGAAUAUCGAAAUAUAUGCAAAUUUAUUUGUAUAAACUAAUUAAAAGCUAACCAAAUGUGAAGCAUAAGGCAACCUAAUAAAUACUACUUAAUAUGUAAUUUUU